CUAGUGGAUCCUCGACGAUAUGUCUCCGGAAAUCCACGGACUUUCGUAAAAAAAUAAGCUUCGAGGCGUAACACGUGAAACGCACUAAAAUGGCAAACAAUCAGAGAAGAAGACGAUACUUGACCAUCAGUAUUCUCCACAUUCUUACCAUCAUGUGCCAAGCUCUGUCGGAUCAACCAAUGUUUGCCGAGCCAAUACCGAAUGUCACCGUGCCACUGGGGAGAGACGUCAGCCUACCCUGUGUCGUCGAAAACCUCGGUAAUUACAAGGUUGCAUGGAUUCAUGUGGGUCGUCAGAUGCUACUCACCGUUCACAAGCACGUUGUCGUCAAGAUUCCGAGAUUCACGGUAUCGCACGAUAAUCAGAAAACUUGGUUGCUUCACAUAAACAGCGUGCAACAAGGCGACAGAGGUUAUUAUAUGUGCCAAGUGAACACAAACCCGAUGAUGACCCAGGUCGGCUUCCUUCAAGUCGUCGUUCCGCCGAAUAUAUUGGACUCGUUGUCCACCGAAAGCACAGUGGCAGUACGAGAGAAUCAGAACAUUACUCUGACGUGCAAAGCGGACGGAUAUCCCACGCCAAAAUUAAUGUGGAAGAGAGAGGACGGACAAGGCAUAAACAUCAAUCGACACAAGAAAGUGAAUUUGUACGAUGGCGAGCAAUUAAACUUGACGAGGAUCACGCGCAAUGAAAUGGGCGCGUAUCUCUGUAUCGCGACCAACGGUGUGCCACCAACAGUCAGCAAACGAAUCACCGUGGACGUCGAAUUUUCGCCGAUGAUCUUCGUGCCAAGUCAACUGGUUGGUGCACCAGCUGGCACCGACGUAACGAUCGAAUGCCACACGGAGGCAUAUCCACGCGCGAUGAGCUACUGGUUCCUCGGUGACGAGAUGAUACUCUCGAACGAGAAAUACACGACCAUCAUCAUGGAGAACAGUUAUAGGGCGCACAUGAACCUCACCAUCAGAAACCUGCAGACCAGCGAUUUUGGAAACUAUCGUUGCAUCAGUAAGAACUCGUUGGGCGAGACCGAGGGCUCUAUCAGGUUGUACGAAAUUCCGAAGCCAUCCGCGGCGCCAAAGGCUACGGAGAUCAAGAGCAGCGCCAACAAAGAAGGACGACCGAGCACGCCGUCACCAGCAAAAAGGCCGACCACCGUCUGGCCUUCCUCGUACAACCCCUACUAUACGAAAAGGACAGAGAGGCCACCUCCCCCGAGCGAGGAGAGGGUCGAGAGGCCAGAGCAGAAGCUACGCGAUGCCCAGAGCACAGGAAGCGCGUACAUCAUCAGGUGGAGCGCCCCGCAGCUGAUGGUGGUGGCGGUGCAGUACAUCCUUACGGGGCCCUAUAUGCCCCCGUAUGUGCCCCAGACGGCGAAUUAG